CUGCCUGCCCCGGAGCGAGCAGAACCUCGUUGCGCUCGCCUGGCCUCGGACGGUUGGGAUGGGGACGCCGCGCGGACGCCGGUCGGGGCUGAGCCCCUUUCUCGGCCUCCUGUUGCUCCAGGUGACAAGGUGCCUCUGUGAGGAGGACGCAGGCCCCUGCCAGCCGGGUUUUAAUCCGAAGACGUACACUUUCACUGUGCCCAGGCGGGACUUGGAAAGGGGCCGAGUGCUGGGCAGAGUGACGUUUAAGGACUGCCCAGAGAGGAAGCUGGUCCCCUUCAUUUCGGAUGACUCGCGCUUCAACGUCCGCUUGGAUGGCGCCGUGGUGGUCCAAAGGCCCGGGCAGCUCCGCCACGAACACCAGAGCUUCUUCAUCCACGCCUGGGAUCAGGCGGGCAGGAAACACUCCGCCAGGGUGACGCUACGGCUCCUGGAGCGCAGACUCGUCCACCGCCACUCCCAACAGCAGCAGCAGCAACAGAGACAUGGGGAGCCGGAUCACCGCGAGAUCGCUAACCCGGAAGUGCUGACUUUCCCGAAAUCUGCUCCUGGUCUGAAGAGGCGGAAGAGGGACUGGGUCAUCCCGCCCAUUGUUUGCUCAGAGAAUGAGAAGGGCCCUUUCCCCAAGUUUCUGGUUCAGCUUUUAUCCCACGCGGUGUCUUCUAAUGGCCAGCCUGUGGAGGAUCCCAUGGAGAUCAUCAUCAAAGUGACCGACCAGAAUGACAACCGGCCACAGUUCACAGAGAAAGUCUUUGAAGGAUUUGUACCUGAAGGAGCCAAACCAGGCACCCCAGUGAUGAAUGUGUCAGCCACCGAUAAAGAUGACGCCAUAGACACCUACAACGGGGUCAUCACCUACUCCAUCGUCAGCCAAUCCCCAGAAGAACCCUACCGCCAGAUGUUCACCAUCCACAACGAGACGGGUUUAAUCAGUGUGAUCACCACUGGGCUGGACCGAGAAAAAUACCCCCAGUACCGGCUGGUCCUCCAAGCAACCGACAUGUUAGGACAAGGCUUAAGUAAUACAGGGGAAGCGGUCAUCACUGUCACAGAUGCAAAUGACAACCCGCCAAUCUUUGACCCACUCACGUAUGUUGCAACUGUCCCUGAGAACGAGGUGGGCUACUUGGUGGACACGCUGACUGUGGUUGAUGCUGACGAGGAGAACACAUUGGCGUGGAAAGCGAAGUACACCAUCGUGAGAGGGAACGAGGAGGGAAACUUCGCUGUGGCCACAAAUCCCGAAAACAACAAUGGUCUCUUGACCACCGUUAAAGGCCUGGAUUUCGAGAUGCGGAAACAGUUCAUUCUACAAAUAACGGUGGUGAAUGAGAUUCCAUUCUCGGUAACUCUCCCAACCUCCACAGCCACUGUCACUGUCAAUGUGGAGGACGUCAAUGAAGCUCCUGUUUUUGUUCCACCUGUAAAGGAAGUGAAUAAGCGCGAAGACUUGCCUGUUGGGCAACAAGUGGCUACAUAUACCGCUCAGGACCCUGAUAAGUUCAUGCAGCAGACCAUCCGGUAUUCCAUUGGGAGUGACCCAGCAGGCUGGCUGAAAAUUAACCCAGAAAACGGCAUCAUAGAGUCUAAAGCCCCACUGGACAGAGAAUCGGAAUUUAUUCAAGACAACACCUAUAUGGCCAUCUUCUUGGCAAGUGACAGCGCAUCACCACCGGCCACUGGCACGGGAACGCUUCUCAUCCACCUUGAGGAUGUGAACGACAAUGGACCGGAACCAGACCCAAGGGUCUUUGACAUCUGCAGCCACAACCCCGAAACUCAAGUCCUGAAGAUUGUGGACAAGGAUAUUCCUCCAAACACCCAUCCUUUCUUUGCCAAGCUUGAGCUGGGCUCCAGUGCGAACUGGACCGUCCAGGUGAACAACGAGGACAAUCUGUCCCUUCAGCUGAUCAAGCAGCUGGAGCCAGGGGACUACAGCAUUGCCCUGAAGCUGACGGACGGACAAGGGCUCUCCCAGACAACGAUGGUCAAAGCUCGUGUGUGCGACUGUGAGGGGACAGUCAAGAACUGUGAGAAGAGAGCCUAUGCGGUGGGCGGAAUGGGAGUCCCAGCCAUCCUGGGGAUCCUGGGUGGAAUCCUGGCCUUUUUGAUCCUGCUGCUGCUCCUGCUGCUCUUCGUGAGGAGGAGGAAGGUGGUGAAGGAGCCACUGCUUCCCCCUGAGGAUGACACCCGGGACAACGUCUAUUAUUAUGAUGAAGAGGGUGGUGGAGAGGAAGACCAGGACUAUGAUCUGACUCAGUUGCAUCGGGGCCUGGAUUCUCGCCCCGAAGUCACCCGCAAUGACGUUGCCCCGACUCUCAUGGCUGCCCCGCAGUACCGUCCACGCCCGGCCAAUCCCGACGAGAUCGGCAAUUUCAUUGACGAGAACCUGAAGGCCGCGGACACCGAUCCCACAGCCCCGCCGUACGACUCUCUGCUCGUGUUUGACUACGAGGGCAACGGAUCCGAAGCCACCUCCCUCAGUUCUCUCAAUUCCUCCAAUGGAGACCGAGACCAAGAUUACGACUAUCUGAACGACUGGGGCAACCGCUUCAAGAAGCUAGCAGACAUGUACGGAGGGGGAGAAGAGGAUGACUGAGUGUGAUGGGAAUUUUUUUGGGGGGGGGUGUUAGCUUUCGGUAUGCCAGAAAAAGAGAGAGAGAGAGAUUGACAGAGAAAAAAAUCACACCAUCUUUCCCCAGCAGCCAAUAGUGGGUCUGAUGUGAUUCUCUUUUCAUUAAGUUAUCAAAACUCUACAAAAACUUUACUCAAUUCUGAUGUUCGCCCUUCUUGGGGUAGACUGAGGCAAUGCCAUCUCCUGCACGAGGACUGGAAUCGUUACGUGACCGUUACAUGCUUUGGAAGCUUCUCAUGCCUGGCCUGCCAUCGCAAAAUGGUUGAUCUUUUCAUUUCUCAGCGAAACAUCAAGUGGAGAAGAGAAUUCCCCCAACGAGGUCUGACUGGAAGCACUCCAACUGGGCGUUUCAACAGGUUUUCUUAAACCGCUGUCAUUCACCCAAGGAAGAGGAUCUCCAGAAAGGCUGAGAAGUUCUGCUUCAGGGCAUCUGGAGUUUUGACCUUUCAUCCUUCCUUGCUCUGCACUUAUUACUUAUUUUAUUAACCCGCCAGUUGGCAGUAAAUUGCAAAAUCAUAAAUAUCUCAUCCAACAUUAAAAAAGAUAUGCAAUAAGGAGGAUUAUGUAAAAAUGAAAAGGAAUGUUUAGCCACAGUAUAUUCUGCCUAUGAUGCCUUCAAGCACUACAGUUUGGUGAUAUGCAGGCCAAGCUAUGAAAUUCUUGGGGAGCAACCUGCUUCCCAGUAGCAACACACUUCAGGGACUUCUAGCACUGUGAUGCCAACACGUUAACCAAAGAUGAUUCUAGGGACACUUUACGUGUUGUACGAUUCUACAAAAGCACAGCAUAAAUGUAAAAAAUUGACACAAGGGAAGAAAUUGGAGUAGCAGAGGAUUUCAACUUCUUCUUCACCCCCUGGCCUUAUGACUGCAAAGGUGGGCAGUACUUGAUAAGAUCCUGGAAACUGAAGCAGGGUUUCAUGCAAGCAUUAUUUCUACCGUUAGUGAAUGCUGCAGAAUCUCCCUUUCCUUGGCCUAGAAGUCUAGUGGGAUGCUCUGAGGAUCUGCCGCUGGAUUUGCGGCUUCCAUCAGCAACAUCCAACCUGACUAAUAGCAGAAGAUCUUGGUCCAUGUAGUCCAACACCCCCAGCAAGCACACCUGUUUACUCCUGCUUUUAAGGGCUUCUGAAUUGGUUGGUCCCUGUACUUCUGCCCUGCCGCCUUAAAAACUGACCACUAGUUCUCUGUCCUCUUGGACAAAGGGUGGCCCAAGUUUAUGACUCCCCAGAAUAUUGCAGGUGGAUGUGACCACAUUGUGAUAAACUCUUUGAGUAUGUCUAAAGACAAAUUCCAGCCUUUCUUGCUAUGUCUUAUUCCAUUUUUUACACCUGUUCCCGGGCAAUGCAUAAGAUACAGUUGAAUAAGAGGUUGUUUUCUUCUGUUGCAUUUAUAACCGUAAUAAUCAUCAUCAUCUUAGAAGCAAGUCAUCAGUUUUUGAUUUUGAGUUGUCAGUCCAUGCCCACUGCUCAUUGCUUCCUGCUCUGUAUUUUCCAAUGUUUAAUGCUGACUGUAUAAUUACUAUCUAAUUGAUGGUCUUCUUCCUUUAAAAGUAAUUUUCUUUGUUUUUAAAUCUGUACAUUUUGCUCUUCUUUUUGAAUAUAUUGUUAGGAAUAGGGGGACAUACACAUAAAAACCAUUAUUAUUUGUACCUUGUUUUACAGAUUCUUUUUUAAUAAAAGAUUAAUUUAAAAAAUCUUUAAAACCA